AUGCUGGUUGGUGAUUAUGCAUUUACAAUAGAUGCAACUGAUCCAGAAAAUGACAGACUGACUUAUGGUAUCGUUGGGACUGGAAACACCUACUUUGCGGUUGACAGUCACAGUGGGAAUGUGACUGUCAAGAAGAAGCUUGACAGAGAGAUUUCAGAUUUCAUAACAGUCACGGUUUCUGUUGCUGAUCCUUACGGUGAGAACCAAAAGGACUUAACAAUAAUAUUAAUAGAUGCCAAUGACAAUGCGCCUAUAUUUGACGUCUCUUCAUUUGAUGUCUCUGUCCCAGAAAACACCCCCAUAAAUACAGCUCUGUUUGAGGUGAAUGCUAAAGAUAACGAUAUUGGGCUUGCCUCUCUUGUGAAAUACAGCAUUGUUGAGGUUCAACCGCAAAGUGGAUUCAAUCUGUUUAGCAUCAACGGCUCAAAAAUCAUAUUAGUUGAACAACUAAAUUAUACUCAGGGCAGACUUUAUCGGCUACAGAUAAAUGCAUCGGACAGUGGGGGUGAGUGGAACGGUCAACAUGUUAUCCAGAGCAGCAGUGCCAUUGCCUUUGUUUCUGUCAAGGAUGUCUCAGACCUAGACCCACAAUUCAUAGGUCUUCCAUACUUGGGUCAAGUGAAAGAACACUCUGAAUUGGGCCUGCCUGUGCUUACAGUGACUGCAUUAGACCAAGACACAGGAGUGAAUAAUCAGAUCAUCUACAGUCUUGAAAAUUCCUCAGCAGAUGGCCUGUUUAGCAUUUCAUCAGACACUGGGAUCAUAGCUGUAAAGGAAGACAUUGACCGAGAAGUCAUUGGUGAUGUUGUCACAUUGAUUGUCAAGGCCACUGAGGCCAAUCCAGACAUCUAUGGGAAUGAGGCCAACACCACUGCAAGUGUACGCAUCACCAUCAUCGACAUAAAUGACAACAAACCUGAGUUUUACUUGUGUGAAGGUACAGACAAGAAGAGUUGUACACCCCAGGAAAGCUUCACACAAGAGAUCUCUGAGCACUCACUGGGAUCUAUAGACUUCAACAUGACCGUCAAAGAUCUGGAUCAGGGGGGGGAAAUCCAACUGAUGCUGGACGGAGCUGACAAGGACGUGUUUUCUGUGGAACCUAACUCUGCUUUUUCAGAGAGUUCAGUUCGGCUCACGGUCAGAGACUCCAAUAAACUGGAUUUUGAAAAAACAGAACAGAUGGUUGUGCAGGUGAUUGCUGUAGAUCAGGAGAAGCCCAGCUUCCGCUCUACUGCCACAGUUACUAUUAAGAUCAAGGACGUCAAUGACAACAGCCCCACAUUCAAACAGGAUACCUUUGAGCUACAUGUGCCUGAACACGCUCAUAAUGGCACAGUAUUUGCCAACAUUACUGCAGAGGAUCCUGACACGAUGGAUGAAGGCAAAAUCACCUACAAACUUUUUCCAGACAGCAUACUAAGUUAUUUUGAUGUGGAGCCAAACAUAGGCGCAAUUUAUGUGAAAAAUGAAAAGCUCAUAGACCGUGAGGUCAGGUCCCUGUACUCGGCAACUCUGCAAGCCAGGGAUACGAACAACAACACUGGCACAACAGUACUGGAGAUCACUCUGACGGACAUCAAUGACAAGAAGCCUGUCUUCAACAGAGACUCUUACUCAAAGCGGGUUGAAGAGGGUGAACAAUUUGAACUUCCAAUACAGGCGACUGAUGGAGACGAACAAGGCACAGAGAACAGCCAAAUUGUAUAUGAAAUAGUGCCAAGCGACUACAGUGGUAACUUCACCAUUGACUCGAACACCGGUGUGUUGAGAAACAAUGGUGAACUGGACCGCGAGGCCUUGAACCCCAAUCUCAAUGGGUUGAUUGAGCUGAACGUAACUGCUACUGACAAAGGUGAAGGCCCCCUGUCCUCCAUGGUCACAGUUGUCAUCGAUGUAGUGGAUGUCAAUGAUAAUACGCCGCAGUUUAAAGCAGCUACGUACAAAUUCACUGUUAAGGAAGGGGAGAAAGGUGCAUUUGUUGGCUCCGUCCAUGCUGAGGAUUUGGACCAAACCACAGACCUUAACCGCAUUUCUUUCAGUAUAAUAAGUGGAAGCUUUGGCAGUUUCAUGAUUCGCACCUUUGCAGAGGUAGGAGGUUACAUUGGCAACAUCACCGUGGACCAAGACAUCGAGCUGGACUUUGAGAGUGAUCGCAAGAAGUUCAUGUUGGAGGUGGAGGCAGCAGAUGUGGACCAGAAGACAGCUGUUGUGACGGUGGAGGUGGAUGUGUUGGAUGUGAAUGACGAGAGGCCCGUGUUCAAGCCUGCCGGUCCUCUGACAGUGAAGGAGAACACCACCAUCGAUGGAGAUCUUGGAAAAUUUGUAGCCAACGACAUGGAUGGAAACCAUUCAUUGGUCUUCGAGCUGGAAUCCAUUAAGUGCCAUUGCAACAGAACAAUGAAACCCUGCAGCUGGUUUUUGCUGAAGCCCACGGGUGAAAUCACACUCAACCCAGAGCACACAGUGGAUUAUGAGCUGUGUGACUGGGCGCUGAUUGAAGCUCAGGUGGUGGACGAGUACACGGAGAAAGGAGAGAACAACAGUGUCACAACAGGAGAAAUGGUGAUCAAUAUUGAGGACAUCAAUGACAACGCUCCCGAAUUUAUUGUCUCAGAUGUUGUAAAUGUUGUGGUGUCAGAAAGUGCCAGCUCGGAUACAUCGGUGGCAGAGGUCGCUGCUACAGACCGUGAUUCUGGACUAAAUAAGCAAGUAGAGUUUAAAGUGACGGAGGUGCGAUUCAAGGACCUCAACGACCACACGAGCAGCAUGACGUUGAUCUUUGGCAUUCGUCCCACGCAGCCAAACCAGGCAAUUGUUCAGUGAGUACACUCCGUUCAAGAGCUGAAUACUGAACUGAAAGGGAAGUACUUGGUGACAGUCACUGCAACCGACCACGGUGGCCUCUCCACCAGCACUGUAGUGGAGAUUUUCACGGUCGACAAAUCUUUUAAAGUUGAACUUCGGUUUGUAUCUUCCCUGGAAGAAGUUACAAAUAACAAAGACAAGAUUCGUGCGUCACUUUCUGCUGCUACCAGUGCUUCUGUUCGAAUUACUAACAUCAAGUCUGCCACUGCAGAGUCCAGGGCUCAAGGUGGCACUAUAAUGGAGGUGUAUUUUAUCUACAGCAACGGCACAGCCAUUAAUACGGCCGGUGUGGAAAGUAUGCUCUCAGAUGAGGAGCACUUUCCUACACUGAAUCAGUUGGGCCUCACAUACAUCGGGGACGUUCCUGUGGAUGAGCCAGCCCAAAACCCUCUUCAUUAUGGCCUGAUGGGUGUGGUGGGCGGCCUCGUCAUCGUGCUCACUGUCCUCACCAUUUCCCUGGUGUGCACUCGCAGAAACUACAGGACGAAGCUGAAGGCCGCUAAAGCCAUGAACUCUGCAACCAUGGCAGUGACUGAGAACCAGAAGAGUGGCCCUGUGGUUCCUGGAACCAACAAAUACACCAUGGAGGGAGCUAACCCGGUGCUCAACCUCAACAUCGACACAGCCACAGACCUGGGCUUUGACGAGGAAAGCUCAAACGCAGACAAAGUCAGUCUCAGUUCUCUGGACUACAACAUUGACAUGACCAUGCCAGAAAAGGACCCAAGGGCUAUGACGAUGAUCCAAGAGGAGGAGGAGGAGGAGGACAGUGGGGAGCCAGGGUACAUUGAGCCUCUGGGAGCUGCACUUGCCCAGCGUGACAAGAAGAAAGGCUCUGACAAACUAUCAUUUGAUAACCCUGCAUUCAGCACCACAGACCUGUGA